AUGGGCAAGGUAAUCACCUGGACCUCGAUGCUCAAUGCCUGUGCCACAGCAAAGCCCCGCAGGGCCAAGGCCGCUGAGCGCGUCUUCCGGCAGAUGCUGGUGAGCGGUUGCCAGCCCAACAAGGUGACGCUGCAGGCGCUGGGCCGCUCCAUGGGCUUCCCGAAGUCUCGGGCGCUGCUUGUGGAGCUGAAUCUGAAGGACCCAGGCUGGGGUUUUCUUGGCCAGCUGUGCCAGAUCUGCCCACACAACCAGCAGGCGGUCUUCAGGCCCCAGCUGCAGCGGAGGCAAUGCGAGGAGUGCGCUGCAGGACAAAGCUUUGUGGACCUUGGAGAUGACCAAGGCGGCUGCUUCCUGAUGUGCCCAGAAGGUCACUUUGACAAUAGCUCCUGUGUGGCCUGCCCUGCGGGCACCUUCCGCAGCGAGGCCCAGUCUUCGGACCGCUGCCUGCCUUGCCCUGGGGGCAGCUUCAGCCAGGGGGCGGCCGCUCGCUGCGAGCAAUGCCCCAGGGGCACGAGCACUGGGCCGCAGAGGCAUGGCUGCGCCUCCUGCACACCAGGCUUCUUCAGCGACUCCGUCGGGGGCACCAGCUGCGCAGCAUGUCCGGCAGGAAGCUUUUCGAAUUCUUCGGGUGCCACCAAGUGCCAGAAGUGUCCCCCGGGCACUGUGGCGCAGCUGUCUGGGACCAGCGCAUGCGCAGCCUGCACCCCGGGCUCCUACAGCCCCCGAGAUACCCUGCGCUGCGAGCAGUGCCCUGUGGGCAAGUACCAAUACUUGGCCCGGCAGACCAAGUGCUUCGAGGACUCCCUAGGAGAGCGGAGCUUCGAGGAAGGUGCGGUGCAGCCCUCCAAUGCCAAGCAGUUCUUCUUGCGACAGAAGGCGCCAGGAAGACCCGUGGUGAUGGAGCGGUGCACGGCCAACCCCGAGGCGUGCCUGGAGCUGGAGCGCUGUGCUGAGGGCCACGCAGGGCGCCAGUGCUUUGCUUGCCUGCCCGGCUUUGUGAACACUGGCAGCUGCAGCAAAUGCCCGGCCCGGUUUUAUGGCAUUUUCUUCGCAGCGCUGUACUUUGUCUUCUACUUGUUGGUGAUCCACCUGCUUGUGAUGAUGGCGGACCUUACGAAUAAGAAGGACUGCCACUUGAUCCUUAUGAAGAUCUUGCUGAACCACUGCAUUGCUAUGUCACCGUGA